AUGUUCUUCAAGUUUAUCGGUCUCGCUACAUUCACCCACCGAAUUGUCACAUACAACAAGAGAACGUCAUAUUCAUUUCAAUAUUGUAAAUUAGGAAUCGCUUACAACGUUGUGCUGAGUAGCUUAAUGAUAGCCUCAAACUAUAUAUCUAUACCAUUCAGACUUAAUUUGAACUAUGAAAACAAGACGAAUUUGACUGUAAGCAUCGAGGUUCUGCAAACUGUAUUUGGUGCUCUAGUGAUCUACGCAAUUUUGAUUAGUUACUGCAUCGAUCAGAAGUCCUUGGUGCGGAUCGCUAAUCGAUUAAUCAUCAUCGAGCACGAGAUAAAUCGUCUGUAUAAUCUAUAUUAUCCGUUACGACGACAACGUAUCUUUUGCAUUAUGACCAUCGUUUGCAUCUUGAAGAUUUGUUUGCUGAUACUUCUCCUGUUCACUGAGAACCUGGCCUUCCAUACGGGCCCAGUCUCAUGGCUGACAGACGUUUUGCCGACAUUUCAUGUGGGUUGGCUAUUGAUACAGUACUUCCUAUUGGUGACGGUUAUUCAAACAGAUUUCGCUGAUGUGAAUCGAGCGAUACAAAACCUCACCAGAAUUAAUAUAUCUGAUCUUCGACUGCAGUCUCUCUAUCAAACGCGUCGUAUGGUAGUCAACAAUUCGAUCGUUCAUCAACUGUUGCAAUUGCGAGAUGUGCAUUGUCGUCUCUGUGAAAUUUCUGAAGAUGUGUCGAGUUUCUAUUCACUACCAGUACUAUUCGGAAUUGUUUUUCUCUUUCUGACACUCAUAUAUAAUGGUUACUAUCUUCUCUCGCCUCUGUUGAUGACUGAUGAUAUCUUAGAAUAUGAGACUCUUAGUAAUACUAUCAUCUGGAUAAUAUUUCUGAUUUAUCCCAUCUUUCUCCUCACCAAUAGAAUUACCAAGAUUUUAAUCGAGGUAGGAUAA